CUCUCUCCGUUCAUCAUGGAGACGACGGCGGCGGCGGCAACCACAUCGCCGGUCAGAGACCCUCCCCGUCCCUCCGCCGGACCUCCCCAACCCGCACCGGUACCCGCGCUUGUACCCGAACCUCCGUCCACCCCCGUCCCCGCCCCCGCCCCCGCCGCCACGGCCCCUCCUCCCGUCAAACCCGAACCACCGCCAUCCGCCGAGCCUCCCAAACCAACCGCCGCCGUCGCCGUUCCUCCGCCUCCUCCGUCCGAGCCGCCCGUCGCCGACGCCGACGUCAUCUACAUCCCUAGCUACUCCGGGUGGUUCUCAUGGUGCGACGUGCACGAGUGCGAGCUCCGGUUACUCCCCGAGUUCUUCGAUGGGAAAUCGCCGUCGAAGAACCCUAGGGUGUACAUGUACUACCGGAACUCCAUGAUCAAGCUCUACAGGCGGAAUCCUUCGAGGAAGAUCACGUUCACCGAUGUGAGGAAGACGUUGGUCGGCGACGUCGGUUCGAUUCGUAGGGUUUUUGAUUUUUUGGAGACCUGGGGGCUGGUCAAUUACUCAGGGUCCGCGUCGGGCAAGCCAUUGAAAUGGGAUGAUAAGGAGAGCAGUAAGACUGCCGGCGGCGGUGGCGGUGGUAAUGGCGGAGGUAAUGCGGUUGACUCUGCCGGGUUGAAUAAAGAGGCGUCGAAGAGGUUGUGCAAUAGCUGCAAGUCUGUGUGCACUAUUGCUUGCUUUGCUUGUGAAAAGUAUGAUUUGACUCUCUGUGCAAGGUGCUACGUUAGAGGAAAUUAUAGGGUUGGCGUUAGUUCUUCUGAUUUUAGGCGUGUUGAGAUCAAUGAAGACAUGAAGGCAGAUUGGACAGAGAAAGAAACUUUGCAUCUCCUCGAAGCCUUAAUGCAUUAUGGUGAUGACUGGAAGAGGGUUGCCCACCAUGUUGGUGGUAGGAGUGAGAAAGAAUGUGUCGCUAAAUUUAUUAAACUUCCUUUUGCCGAGGAACUCAUUAGUGAUCCUUACUCUGGAGACAUUGAUGGGAAGUAUAAUACUGUGAAGGACAAUAAUGACGUUGAAUUUGGAAUUGAAAGCUCCACAACAUCGGCACCCAGUAAAAGAAUUCGUCUCACACCUCUGGCUGAUGCAAGUAACCCGAUUAUGGCACAGGCUGUUUUUUUGUCAGCUUUGGCUGGUGUAGAAGUUACAGAAGCUGCUGCUCAAGCUGCUGUGACGACCCUCUCUGAGGUGGAGUAUGGAGUAAACAGAGAAGCUGAAGUUUCUGCCAAUGGAGAGACGACCCUAAAUGCAUUAGAAGGAGCUCUUAUGGAUGCAAAUUCAGUGCUUGAGAAGGAAGAGCUUGAUCUGGAGAGAGCUGUUUCAGACAUUGUGGAGGUGCAGAUGAAGGAAAUUCAUGACAAGAUAGUUCGCUUUGAGGAGUUGGAUCUACUGAUGGAGAAAGAGAGACAACAGCUGGAGCAAAUGAAGAGUACACUCUUUGUCGACCAGCUUUCCCUGUUAUUACAUAAAAAUGCUGCAUCUAAAACUGGAGAGCGUGCAAGGGAGAUUCUUAGAACUGGUUGAUAAUGUACUUCAUCCUAUGACAGGCUGUUGUAAUGUUAUGAAGCCCUCUAAUUGGAAAGGCGAUACUCGCUGUUUCAUGAAUGCCCUUCAAUCCUUUCGCAAAGGAAACUUCUUUUUCGGUUCUCAAUUGCUGCA